UGUAGAUGGAGUUAAGCCAACUAUACCAUGUCAUAUAUCCAGCCAACAGUGAAGGCACCGUCUGCAGAACCGGAUUCGGGAGGUUUCGGUCCACAGAGACCCAAGGCCCAAGGACAUGAAGAAACCUGGACCGGGAAAGUCAGCUCGGGCUCAAGUUGCCCAGCCGAAACGGUAUUAGAAACGGAAGCCGAAGUGAAACGGAUUGAACAUGGCAAAGAACCAUGGUACGAACUAGCCAUCUCAUAUGCAGGCAAACCCAUCUCUCUGCGUUUGGCAGCGUCAGACAGGGUGUCUGACUUGAAGCAAGCGCUAUACACUCUCACAGGAGUCCCCCCAAAGCGCCAAGUCAUUGAAGGCUUCGUCGAUGGCGAGUUACCGCCGGACUGGGUUCGCAUGGACGAGCUCCUCCUAGUAGACGGCACUGCCCUGCUAACAUUAAAAGAGGCGUUUUGGGCUCAGGGCGAAGAGCCUGACACGAAGGAGGUCGAGGACCCUCUGAAAGACGACGAAAUCGUCGAGCUAAGCCCCGGCGGAGUCGAGGAAAUAGUGAACCGGGCCCACGACGAAGGGAAAAUACAAGAAAUUACUAAAAUGCAUCAGAUCGAAUUGCUCAGUCCACUCCGGCGAGGCAAGAAGCUCCUGGUCCUCGACCUUGAUCGCACCAUCGUCGAUAUACUUGCUCUUCGGGAGGGCAAGUCGAGCAUAGAAGAAUGCAUGAGACCUGGAAUUCAUGAAUUCCUAAGCGCCGUAUAUCCAGAUUACGAUAUUUGCAUAUGGUCGCAAACGAAGGGCGGCGAAGUCCUAGAUGAGAAACUGGAUACGCUGGGCCUAACGCAGCGAGAUGACUAUAAGAUAUCCUUUGUGCUUGACCGCAAAUUCAUGUUUACCGCCAUGCGCUACCGCAAGGGCGACUGGUCAACGAGCCUAGUGAAACCAUUAAAAGUAAUAUGGAACCACUUCCCGCAAUUUUCCGCGAAGAACUCUAUCCAUAUUGACGACGCUCGGCAAGUCUUCAGCUUGAACCCACGUCAAGGACUCAGGGUGCCUGCCUUCCAGGAAGCUGGUUCGGAGACUGCAAAGCAAGAUAAUGUCCUGUAUCGCCUAGCGAAGUAUCUAAUAUUCCUGGUCGAUAUCGAUGAUUUCACCACUGUCGACCACGCGAACUGGGAACUGGUUGUUGACGAGCUUCCUUCCAAUAAUGAGCGUUAG